AUGAGUCAAGAUAUACUACAAAAGUUAAUACGUAAUCCUCAGGAUAUAUUCAAACUACAUAAUGAUAAAAAAUCAGACUCCAACAUUUUUAAUGAGUUAACGAAAACAAUAAUAAAUCCAAUUGUGAAAAACUAUUCAGUACUAGAUGAGUUGUAUACCGAUGGCUUAGACUCAUCACAAGUGUUUGGACAGACAAAGAUGGUGUUGGAUGGAAUAGGAAGUAAGUUGUUAGGAGAGGAUAUUCCACAAAUAAGGGAGAAAAUUGGAGAAAUCGAAGAAAGUGAAGAUGAAGAAGAUGAUGACGAAGAUGAUGACGAAGAAAGUGAGGAAGGCGAAGAAGAAGCGGAAUUUGACAGCGAAGAAGAUGAUGAGGAGGAAAAUGAAGCAGGUGGUAACUUUGAGGAGGUGAAAAAGGGCUCAGAAGAUGAAGUAGAGGAGGAGAAGGAUGAGGAGGAGAAGUUUUCUGAUGACGGUGAAACUUUGGUUGGUGAUGACGAAGAGGAAGAAGGAUCUGACGCUGAGGUAAAGCACAAAAGGGACGCAUUUGGCUUGAAUGAUGGAUUUUUUGAUAUUGAUGAAUAUAAUAAGCAAGUUCUUGCGCUUGAGAAUAACCAAGAAGCUGGAGACGACAAUGAUGAAGAAAUUGACUAUUUUGGCAGUUUAAGCGAUGAAGAUGAAGAGCAAAUGGAUUAUUAUGAUGAUUUUUAUGAUAAACCUGGCAAAAUCGACGUUAAAGAAAAGCCAGUAAAGAAAGUUGAUUAUGAUGACGAAGAGGACGAUAUAAGUGAAGGUGAAUUUGCCGAUGAAGAUUACGAUAAUGCCAUCAAUUCUGCCAGACUUGACUUAUUUGCCGAACAUGAAGAAAGAAAGCAAAAUUCCAGUGAAACCCUAUCCUCAUAUGAAAAGCAACAAUUGGCAUUACAACGUGAAGUUGAAAAAUUAGAAGCCGAAUUGGUUGCUGAUAAAAAAUGGACUCUCAAAGGUGAAAUCACAUCAAAUGAAAGACCAAAGGAAUCAUUGUUGGAAGAAAAUGAACUUUCAUUUGAUCGUACGGCAAAACCAGUACCAACAAUAACCCAAGAAGUAACUGAAACCAUUGAGGAUUUGAUCAGAAAAAGGAUAAAGAAUGAUGAAUUUGAUGACUUGCCAAGAAGAAUUGUUCAAGAUUUAUCUAAAUUUCAUCAGGGGCCUCAAGCCGAUGUAUCCCAACAAAAGUCUUCCAAAUCUUUGGCAGAGUUGUAUGAAGAUGAAUAUAAUCAAGUUGAUGCACAACAAGAGGAGCUUGAUGAGGCAGUAAAGAAACAACACGAAGAAAUUAGUGAGUUGUUUAUGAAAGUAACGCAUAGGUUGGAUGCUUUGUGCUCAGCUCAUUUCAUUCCUAAACCACAUGAGGUUAAAAAUAUUGAAAUUAAGGUGACUGACGCCAGCGCCCCUUCAAUCAGCAUGGAGGAUGCUCAACCAUUGAACGUAUCGAGUGAAUCCAGGUUAGCACCACAAGAAAUAUAUAAAAUGGGAGACGAUCAAGUCAAGGGUAAUGGUGUUAAAGGUAAAUCUGAAGUUCAAUUAAAAUCUGGUCUUUCUUAUUCCAAGGAUGAGCUUAAUCGUGAAGAAAAACAAAGAUUGAGAAGAGCCAACAAGAGAAAGAAGUCGAAGCAGUAUCACGAAAGAGAAGAAUUCAAGAGACAAAAGUUGAAACAAACACCUGAAUCUAAACCAAGGAAAUCUAAAUCUGGCGAAGUUAUUGAUACAUUGUCUAAAGCAAAGAAUAUUACUGUUAUUGGACAAAAAGGUGAAUUGAGAGAUGUAAAGGGUAAUUUGAAAAAGAAUAACGGACCACAAACAGGAAAUAGCUUGAAACUAUAG